AUGUUUCUAGAGAAGCUGCCGCUCGUACACGUCGAGACCGAGAUGGACGCCAAGGCCGUCGUCCGCCGCAUGCGCCUGCACCAGAAGGCGCCGGCGGCCCCAGAAAAGACCGAAAUGGACGUCGCCGGCUUCAACGAGCUCGUCCAGGCCGCGAAGAGCGACCUUAUGCAGCAAGAAUCCGCGGCCAAGAACGAGCUCGAGUUCUACCGCGGCCUCCUCGACAUCAAGAAGCCACGGCCCGCGAUCGACCUCUCGGGAGGCGCGUCAAGUUUCAAGUUGCCCAGUCUCAAACCGCCGCCCAAGCAGCCACCAACCAACCAAGAACGCCCAACGUCGUCGUCGUCGACAACGUCCAGCAAUGGGCGAGGGUCCGCUCCGCGAAAGCUCGCCACCGAGGGCCCCAAGGCGACGCUUGCCGCCAUCAAGCCCAAGCCCUCGACGCUGAAAGGACCUCUCGCAAUGAAACCUCCACAAGCGCGUCUGCCUCGACCCAGUGACGAGCCAAAGGCCUCAGCCAAGGGAGCGUCGCACAAGCCAACGCCCGUUCCGGCGGCAGGACCUGCGAAGCGCCCACAACCCAAAACCUCUGCGGUAGCGCCUCCGCCCAAGCCCAACAACACCCCCAUCGCAACCACCAAGAAGGUCGUUGGACGGAGCAAGAAGGAGGUGUCGACGAUGGACUGCCUCGCGACCUUUGACGACGCCGAGCCCGAGGUCGACAGCGCGCCCGUCUACAGCGAUUUCGACAGCAACAACAAUGGCUACGGCUCGGACGACGACAAUAUUCUCAUGCUGUAG